GUGUCCUGCACUCGACCAGAACGCGGGCUAGCCAAGUCAUCGUCACAUCCACGACAACAACGUGUGCAACGCCAGGUACCACCAGCAGGAACGAACCCGCUUCCCCAGACAAGGUUGUCGAGUAAGUCAUCUCUCUGUUAUCAUCGCCACCAGAAAAUGAUGCGACCUGCCACCGUCGUGUUCGCUGCUCUCCUCGUCUCCGUCUGCUGCGGUGUCGCUAACGCAAACUGGUAUGGAAAGAGAGGAGACAAAACAGACUUCUUCAGCCUUUUCCUGCAGCAGCGAUUGGACAGCUUGGCAUCACGUGACGUAGAUGCUGCCUCAGCGCUGACCGCCAUAGACCAGAUCAUUCAGAUGUGGCGACAGCACAACGCAGAGUCCGUGCUGGCCACUCAGCUCAAGCAGUGAUGACUGCACGACCACUGCCAGCGCUCACCCUCUGGUGGACUUAACACGUGACUAUGGAAACAGUCCAAAAGAAACACUUGUUCGACGCCGAAAAUGGAUGUCUGGCUUCUACACCCCACUUCUACAUGAUGCUGAUCACGAUCAAGAGACUGUCAUCUCAAAGAAAACUGCGAGCGACUGUUCCACAAGCAAUUACUUUGCUCCUAACACUCCGAUCUUCCACUAACUCCAAACAUCUUUCAGCGCUUAUUUACUUGCUAGUAUUGGCAAGGAGCAGUAGACUGGGAAUAACCUGCCUGCAGGCUCUUUGUUACCAUGGCUUUCAAUAUAACAUAAGUUCACUAUAUAUAUAUAUAAUUUGUAACGCUCAGCAUUGCAAGUCUGAAAUAGUUAUUCUCAUACAUUGUUGUCCGUACGUAUCCAACCAGAUGCCUCGUAUUUUCUCGUUGUGCUUGUCUCGGGUGUUGAAACAAAUAUUGUCUACAACGAAAAAUCCGUCAUAGCAGUUUUCCUUCGUUUGUGGUCGAUUUCCAAGCACUCCUUUAUACGGCUCUGGCAUUCACUCCUUCAUGCUACUUACAUAGAUCUUUGGUAGUCACUCUUAGAAACCAGUUUUGUUUAAAGUAUCUCCGCGGAGUACUUAUGGGGAAAACAUAGAACAGCUCCUUUAAACCAAAGUUUAUUUCAAAUGUCUGUCUCUUGCCUUUUCAACGCAACCAGACACAGAUUCGCUCAAAUAUUUUAAUAUUUGUUGAUGAGCUAAAUAGAUAGCUUAUGCGCAUGUAUUAAUCUGGGUAAUUCAGUUAAAUUGUGCCUAGUAUCUGCUUAAUACCACAUACGUGAAGGAUAUUUCGAGUGUACAAGGAAUCCCUGGGAACAACGCUGUACAAAAAAGAAACUUUUCGCUGACCGGAAGUCACGUGCAUCAGUCUCUGACGUGAAGUGUUGUGCAGAAAUAAAACAUCGUGGAAACUGUA